GUCCUAGCGCAACUACGCAAAGAUUACCAAUUCGAGUGGAGAAAAAAAGAUAUAAAAUACUUAGGCCUGACGUUCACUAGGAAGACCUCUGACAUGUUCCCUACCAACUACACCAGAGUCUGGACUGAGUGCUUGGCACUGUUACGGGGAUGGGGCAAACUGUUCCUUACUUGGACGGAGCGCAUUGUCGCAAUUAAAAUGACUGUAUUACCGAAACUACAAUAUGUGUUUAGGAACCUUCCCUUGAAAGUUCCACAAUCCUAUUUUAAAACCAUACAGUCUACGCUCCUCCAGUUUAUCUGGGGCAAGAGACGGGCAAGGGUCUCUAGCAAACUAUUGUCGGCCCCCAUAGGGCAUGGAGGAAUGGCAUUUCCGAAUGUAAAAUACUACUACCAGGCUGCGGUUCUGGCGCCCCUAAUGAACCACCUAGCUAAAGAUAACCGACCACAAUGGGUGACCUUAGAAAACCUAGCUAUUAAACCUUUCCUAGUCACCAAACUGUUAUGGCUACCUAACAGGAGCAGGCCAACCAUCCCGCUGAUACCCCUACAACUUCAACUAGCACUGCAAACUUGGGACUUACACAGAACGAAGUUCGAAACGGCCCACCCCCUCUCAAUGGCGACGCCCAUCGAGGCCAUCACGUACUGUAUACCCACCUUUCAUGCCACUCCAUGGAAAGAGAAAGGUAUCUCUUUCCUGUCCCAAGCCUUUGACCCAGGUGGACUGAUGAGCUUCGAGCGUCUCAAAAGAACCUACAAUAUCCCACACACAUCACAAUACUCAUACAUCCAACUUACAUCCUUCUUGCACAAACUCAACAAGGAUAACAAGGUAGAAUCUAAUAACCAGGGGGAACCCUCAACCUGGGAACAAAUAAGUAUCGCGGGUAAAAUUCCUCCAACUUAUAAGCCACUCUCAAGUUGCUAUAAACUAAUUCUGCCAUACCAGUCCCUAUCUGGCUCAACACAG